AAAAAAAAAAAAAAAAAUUGGGAUUAUUACAGAACUGGUUUUUCAACCUGUUGUUGAGAACGCUGAUGCAAAUUUAGGAAUUAACUUUAGAAAAAUAUUUUAAAAAGCAGGAAUUGUCGAGGCUGUUGGAGACCUACUGUAAGUAUAAUAAUAAUAAUAAUAAUAAUAAUAAUAAUAAUAAUAAUAAUAAUAAUAACAUGUACAGUAUGAUGGAACAUGAGUUAAAGUCGCCGGGGCCCCCGCAGUCCCAUCACCCCGGCUCUGGGGUGUCACCUGUGGGAAGCGGCGUGGGAAGUAAUCACCCCGGGGCGAAGGGCGCUUGCCCUCCAGGCAGCGACCCCAUGGACAAAGUUAAGCGCCCUAUGAACGCCUUUAUGGUCUGGUCGCGGGGCCAGCGACGAAAAAUGGCUCAGGAGAACCCCAAAAUGCACAACUCGGAGAUCAGCAAACGACUAGGAGCCGAGUGGAAGCUACUGACAGACGCAGAAAAGAGGCCGUUCAUAGACGAGGCCAAGCGCCUCAGGGCGCUGCACAUGAAGGAGUACCCAGACUACAAGUACAAGCCCAGGCGCAAGAGCAAGCCUCUGUUGAAGAAGGACAACCCGGCUGGAAAGUACCCCCUCUCGGCUGGCAACCUGCUUGCGGCGGCGGCGGCGCAGGGACCCGGAGGGAGUCCCAGAAUGGACAGCUACGGCUGGGGCCCCACUGGAGGGUACGCGGGCAUGCAGAGCGAGGCCCUUGGGUACCCCCAGCAGCUACACCGCUACGAACUGUCGACCCUGCAGUAUCCCCCUGGCAUGGCCCCAGCUCAGAGCUACCUGAGUGCAAACUCAUACAGCCCCAUGUCUUACGGAGGAGGUGCCCAGCAGGCCAGCUCUGUGAUGUCAAUGGUAAAACCAGAGCCGGUGUCUCACUCCCCCACUGGGGCCCCCAGCCACCACCGAGGGGGGCUGCAGGGGGACCUGAGAGACAUGAUCAGCAUGUAUAUCCCCAGCAACGACACGACGGACCCUGCAGGACAGAGGGGCUACAGCAGCGUACAGCAGCACUACCUGAACGGGACUGUGCCCCUGACACACAUCUGACAGGAACUUUGUGCUUCUCUCUCUCUCUCUCUCUCUCUCUCUCUCUCUCUCUCUCUCUCUCUCUCUCUCUCUCUCUCUCUCUCUCUC